UCAGGGACGCGCCUAGUCACGGGAACAGUCCAAAGCGCGCUCACGAGGUGCAUGAUCGCGCUUUUAACAGUGAAGAGUAUCAAACAGCGUGCGGGGAUUCAACCUAAUGGUCUACAUUGGGUCACAACGACUAAUCAAUGAUUUGCGCCGAGCAUUUUUCCUCUUGCUCGGCCAUUAGUUUGCAAAGCUCCUCUAUUUUGCACGGGAACAAACUGACAUAGCAAACUCAUCUGUAUGAUCGGGGAGCAGGAGCACACAGUAUGGUCCGGGAAACCAGACAUUUAUGGGUGGGAAAUUUACCCGAAAAUGUACGAGAGGAGAAAAUCAUUGAGCACUUCAAGCGAUAUGGACGCGUGGAGAGUGUCAAGGUCUUGCCCAAGCGCGGUUCAGAAGGUGGAGUUGCCGCCUUUGUGGAUUUUGUGGACAUUAAAAGUGCUCAGAAAGCUCAUAAUGCUAUCAACAAGAUGGGGGACAGAGACCUGCGCACUGAUUACAAUGAACCAGGCACAAUUCCUAGUGCCGCAAGAGGGCUGGACGAUAGUCUGUCCUUAGGCUCUCGUGGCCGGGAUGUAUCAGGGUUCACAAGGGCAGCAGGGGGGGUCGUGUAUGGGCCCCCCACGUCUCUCCACAGCAGAGAUGGACGCUAUGAACGCAGACUAGACGGGACUGCUGAAAGUCGGGAGCGGGCAUAUGAUCACAGUGCCUACGGACAUCAUGAGCGUCCUGGUAGCAGUUUUGACCGCCAGCGGCACUAUGAAACAGACUAUUACCGUGACACGAGAGAAAGGACUCUAAGUACAGCUGGGAGCGGGUCUGGUACCUCAAGUGGAAGCAGUACAACCGUGUCAUCGGGAGUCGGUGGAACUAUCGUAAGCACUGCUGCUGGCAACACGGGAACAAGCGGAUCAGCAGGGGGCACGACAGGAGGAAGUGGGGGAUCUACAUCCAGUGGGGUCGGCUUCUACCGCUCUCACAGCAGGAGCCCUUGUCGCUUUGAGACGCCAGAGCCUCGCUAUGAGUCUCGUGGCAGGGAACCCUUCACUUUGGCCAGUGUGGUUCACAGGGACCUUUACCGGGAGGACAGGGGUCGGCGGGGGGACAGGUCCUACCGCCACAGCCGCAGCCGGUCUCCACACUCAACACAUUCUCGCAACCCUUCUCCUCAGAGACUGGCGAGUCAAGCUACCCGUCCUCCACGUUCCCACAGUGGGUCAGGCUCUCGCAGCCGCUCCUCCAGUUCAGACUCGGUCAGCAGUACCAGCAGCAGCACGAGUGGCAGUGAUUCUAGCAGUAGUUCAAGUGAUGACUCCCCAGCACGUUCUGUGCAGUCUGCUGCUGUUCCGGCACCCACAGCACUUCCUUUAUCCUCCCUUGACAAGGAUGAACCACGUAAAAGCUUUGGCAUCAAGGUCCAAAACCUUCCUGUGCGCUCCACAGAUACGAGCCUGAAGGAUGGUUUGUUUCAUGAAUUUAAGAAACAUGGAAAGGUCACGUCUGUGCAAAUACACGGAGCUUCAGAAGAGCGCUAUGGGCUUGUUUUUUUCCGCCAGCAAGAGGACCAAGAGAAAGCCCUGGGAGCAUCAAAGGGGAAGCUGUUUUUUGGCAUGCAGAUUGAUGUCACAGCCUGGAAUGGACCUGAAACGGAAAGUGAGAAUGAAUUCCGUCCCCUGGAUGAGAGGAUAGAUGAGUUUCAUCCCAAAGCCACACGGACCUUAUUCAUUGGAAAUCUUGAGAAGACGACCACUUAUCAUGACCUGCUCAACAUUUUCCAACGCUUUGGAGAAAUUGUGGAUAUUGACAUUAAGAAGGUGAAUGGAGCCCCACAGUAUGCCUUCCUACAAUACUGCGACAUUGCCAGUGUCUGCAAGGCUAUAAAAAAGAUGGAUGGGGAGUACCUUGGUAACAACAGACUAAAGCUGGGUUUUGGAAAGAGUAUGCCUACAACAUGUGUUUGGUUGGAUGGAUUAGCAUCAAAUACAACCGAGCAGUUUCUUACUCGCCAUUUCUGCCGCUAUGGACAUGUUGUCAAGGUUGUUUUCGACAGAAUGAAAGGAAUGGCCCUUAUCCUGUAUAACAACAUUGAAUAUGCACAAGCUGCUGUCAAAGACACGAAGGGGUGGAAGAUAGGAGGCAGUAAAAUCAAAGUUGACUUUGCAAAUCAGGAAAGUCAGAUGGCUUUCUAUCGCUCAAUGCAGGCGUCUGGUCAGGAUAUUAGAGACUUUUACGACAUACUCUCAGAGAGAAGAGAUGAUCGACGAACUCAGUAUGAAUUUCCAGCGGAAAGACAAUAUUAUGAAAAUGUGCGAACACCAGGAGCAUAUACUGAAGAUUCACGCAGGAAAUACUCUGCUAGAAGUCGGGAGUUCUACACUGAAUGGGACCCCUAUCAGGGAGAUUACUAUGAUCCACAAUACUUUGAAGACCCUCGGGAGUAUCGGGAAUAUAGAGCUGACCCUUAUGAGCAGGACAUUCGCAAAUACAGCUACUUGCAACGGGAACGUGAAAGAGAGAGAGAACGCUUUGAAACAGAUCGUGGACGUGAUCAUGGAAGGAGGACCAUUGAGCGUAGCCAAAGCCCGUCUCACAUUAGCAAUCGUCGUCCUGCUAGCCCCACUGCUUCCCCUUCACUCUCUGAGCGGAUUCCAAGUGAUUCAGAUCGUCGCAUUUGCUGUCGAUCAUCUGAUAGAAGUGGUAGUUGCAGCUCAGUUUCUCCACCUAGAUUUGAAAAACUUGAAAAAACACGCUCUGAAAGGUAUAAUACGGACAAACUUGAAAAAGAUCGUGUUUUUGAAGUUGAAAGAAGCAGUCUGGUUGAAAAGGAGAAGCGGGCUGGGCGUAAAGAUCGAGGGGACAAGGACAAAACUGAGAAACAGAGACUUAAGAAGCUCAAAGUUACAUCACCUAUUAUCCAAGCAUGUGAGACAGACCCUGAGAUUGAAAGAGACGUUAGUCCGGAAUCUGCCCUUCGAAGUAAAAACAGUAAAGUUUUAAAGGAAGGCUUGAGCAAAGGAAGAUUGGACCUUCUCCCUUGUGUUGUACAGUUAACACGGGUUAAAGAAAAAGAAGGGAAAUUGAUUGGUCAGACUGUGCAAGACAAACAAGUACAGAGAGGGGGGGGUGACAGUCCUAGGUUAGCAUCACCUUCAUCUGAUCAGAGGAGCCCUCUAUUCCGCACAGAACCAUCAAAAGUAGAUAUUUCCAAACAUGGUAAGGUGCCCAGGGAUAAAAACAUGCACAGUUUAGUGGAGGUUAUAGAAAAGGAUACUAAAGUAAAAUCCAAAAAGCAUGGAAAAGCUGAAAUAGGAUUUGACAGUAGUAUUUGUGUUGAUAUUGAUCGUUUAGCUGCAAGGAAAAGGCGCUUUGAAGACUCUGGAAAAAACGAGCGACAAAAGAGAACCAGUGAUGAGGACCUUGCAAGAUCUGGGCUUCAUAAACCAUGGAACAAUACUAAAGAAACUGAUUUGGAUAGGAACCCUUUUAUAAAAGGGAGCCAUAAAAAGGAGCACCACAAAGACAAAGGUGUUCGCGUGGUCUCAGUUAGCAGUCCUUCAGAAGAACAAGACUGUGAGAGAAACUCUGUUGGCCUUUCUCUGGAGAGGGCGUCCCAACUGGGAGAACUGCCAGAGGACUCUUCAGAUCAAUUAGACUCUGCCUACCUUAAAAUGGAUUUAGAGGGCUCAAAGAGUGAUACUCACAGCAGUCUCACAAAGACGCCAGAUGAUGGUAGUCUUGAUUUGAAUGAACAGAAACCGGUUCAGUCUGAAAAUGAACAAGGGAGUGUAAAAUGCAGAGAUUUCAUUGAUGGGGAGGAACACUCGCACGUUGACCAGAUUAAUCUUUGCACAAAACAAAUUGAACACAAUCAAUGGUCCAGGUCCAAGCCUGGCGAUCCCGAGAAGUCAAUAAAGUUUGAAAAACCAUCAAACAAAGAGACUCGAGACUUUGAAAAGGAUUACAUCAUACAUGAUGCCAGAAAACCAAUUCUGGAAGUGGCUAAUGACGACUUCUCUUCCUCAAAACGAAAGAAAGUGGAGACUUUUGAUUUUGAAAUGGGCGCUGCAAAAGGGGAGCGCAGUUUUGCAAGUUCAGAAAAAUUGAAUGAGGAAACAUAUCAUACUAUAACAUCCCCAGUAGGAACUGGCCAUUUUUCUACAAAUGAUGAAGAUGGCACAGCCCAUAUUUUGAUGUCUGUUGUAAACAAAGACAGAAAAUCCUCUCCAAUAAUAGAUGAUAAAUUGGCCCAUAUUGAGUCAGUAAAAAACAAUUUAGGGCUAACGACUAGACAUUUUCAGUCUUCAGACAUCGAACUGCCGAAGCUAAAGACUACCUUGCUUGGAUGCGAUGAAGAGUUAAUGCAACGUUGGGAAAGAAGGAUGAAAUCUGAUUCACUUAGAAGGGAAAUGACAUUUCCAAGUGAUGUAGUCAAACUUGAAAGCAUCUGCAAACGACUUAGCCAGGAUUUAGAACCUGGUGAAGUGCAAUCAGAUUCAGAUGAGGAUGACGAUAAUGGAGAAAACAAACACAUCUCGCCUAAAUCUAGUUCCCUGUCUUAUAUCCUCAGGGAACAUGAUGAGCGAAUGAUAGACUUAAAACAUUCAGGGUCACUGGAAAAGAAUAAGUUUUAUUCUUUUGCACUGGAUAAAACUAUAACCCCUGAUACGAAAGCACUCCUUGAGAGGGCCAAAACACUGUACUCCUCUAGAGAAGAUAAUUGGUCAUUUCUUCCUUCACGCUUUCCCACCUCCCACAGCUGUUCAGAUAAGGACAAGGUAGAGCUGGCCCCUCGACCUAUUCCUUCUUGGUAUAAGAAAAAGAUUCGGACUAAUUCUGAUGAAAAACAUCAUGAUAAAAAGGAGGACCUUAAUCCCCAGGACCAAGAGCGCCAGGAGCUGUUUGCCUCUCGCUUCCUUCAUAGCUCCAUUUUUGAACAGGAUUCUCGGAGGUUGCAGCAUCUGGAACGCAAAGAUCAAGAUUCUGAAACUAGAACUGGUAGGUCUUUUGCUAAACCAGCUGCUACCGAGCGACCGUCUGAUUCUGGAAGUAGUGACAUCCCUCAAGAGCCCAUAGUUCUUUUCCACCGUCGGUUUCUGGAAUUUCAACAACAGAAGGACAAAGACCACCCCACACCUGACACCGAAAAUGAUUUGUUAGCAACAGACAUGAAAAGAGAGGAGGUGGAGAAUUCUGAUACUCUACUGUCAGAUAAAAUAUCUGAGCAGUUACUAAAAGUUGAAAACAAAUCCACCAGUCCCACUUUGGCAUUGUCAGUUUUACAAUUUGAUGCUUCCCCUAAAGAAAUGUCACCAGAAAAGAAAGAUUUCUUAACUUCAUCUGUGGAUCAAACUGUUUCGUGUAUCAAAGAAGAAAGCGAGGAUUUAGUUGUUGAGAUGUCUCUGCCUCAUUGUCUGCCUAUGGAUGACUUGAAACCAGUUGUUCCUAAGUUAAGCAUAAGCCCUCCGACUGCCUCUUCAGAUAUAGUAAAUGAUCUAGAAACCAAGAUAGAGCUGCAUGAACCUAAAGUAAAAAUUGGUGAUGGAAAAUUGGCAGUGGAACAUAAUUCUCGAGUGGAAGAUAAGCCGGCUACUCCUGGUGGAUCCCCAAGUGUGUUUGAAAAAGAGACGACUGACUUGGCUUAUUCUGAUUAUCCAAAGAUAGAUGAAAAACCUGAAAUCUUAAACCCAGAGCCCAAAAUAGAUAUUCAGGAACCGGAAAACUUUGAGGAGUUGCAGAACACGGAGACGGACAGUGAAGCAUGUAUGCCGGAACUGGAGGCAGAAAUAAAACCACUUCCAAAUCGCAGACAGCCCAAGAGUAAAAGGGCAAAGCCACUUACGGUUUUGCGCACACCACAGCCUUCCCAAAAUGUUGUGAGUGAAAAACCUGCAACACGAAAAAGUGAACGGAUUGACAGAGAAAAACUUAAGAGGGCAUCAUCUCCUCGAGCAGAAACACCAAAAGCAACAUUUGAGCCUAAAACCUCAUCAAAGUCACCAAGUCACGCAUCAGAUUCUGAACAGAACUUGGAGUCAAGUUUGAUCCAUGGGAGAACCCGUCGUAGGAAUGUACGGUCAGUUUAUGCCAAAUUACACGAAGAUGACCAAGCUAGCAAAGAGAUGGUUGAGUCAUCACGUUCAAUGCGCAAACGUGGUGCUGAUAAAGAACCGAUACAGCAAGAUGUUCAAAUUCCAUCUACCAAUACAAGGCGAGGGCGUCCACCCAAAAGAGGCGCUAAAAGAAGUGAGGAUGUAUCACCGGUGAAAGGGGAUCAACAGAAAACUGCAGAAGAGGAGAUGGACAUCAAAGACAACCCAACCAGUGUAGAGACUGUUAAGCCCUGUGAGGGAUGGCGGUCACCUCGCACCCAGAAGGUGCAGCAAACACAGCUGGCCUCAUCGAUCCCAGUUAGCAAGAAAGGAAGUAGAAUAGAAAAACAGUCAGGGGGCACAACAGCACUAGGUGACCAAUCUGAUCUUGCAAGUCAGGAUGAGUCUGAGGUUAAGCCUAAAGCUGAUUCAGAAGUGUUUGGGAAGUUGGCAGAAGGUGCAGAAAACUCAGAAUCACCAGUGCACAGAAAAGAAAAAGAGCCUGGUGGAAAGAAAUUGGUGGCUACAGAAAGUAUGGAGACAAACUCCUCUGAGAGAACGCCACAGCCUGAAAAAAGCGUAAUAAAAGUAAAAACACCAAGGUUUAAAAAAAAUACUCGGCAAAUCACAGAAGAGAAAUCACACAGCUUAAAAAACCUUGAGAUCCGCGUAAGCGUUGAUGACGUAAAAGGAUUGCUUCGUUCGGAGGAGGUUGAACCUGAGGCGGCCGAGGCUUCUGUCAUUACAAAAAAGACAGUAAUUCAAGGGAAUGAGGAAACAAAAAUAGUUUGUCUUCCAAAAGAAUCACCAGAGGAGAACGAAGAUUGUUUAUCAGAACCUGAACUUCCUGCUGAUCCAGCUGCUGCACUUUUAGCGCGACAAAUGGAAUUAGAGCAGGCUGUGGAAAAUAUUGCAAAACUUACAGUUGAGCAUCCUCCCCGUCCAUAUAAAGAACCACCCUCAGAGCAACCAAUCAUAUUGCCUCCGGUCAUAGUGGAGCCAGAAGUAGAGGUUGAGGAGGAAAAACGAGCAAAUCCUGCUAGUGAAACUGAACUUGCAGCUGCCAUUGAUUCCAUUACAGAAGAAACAUGUGCAGAUGCAGACGGAUUCACGGCUUCUUCUACUUACACUGCCCUUGUUCCAACCCCCGAAUCCCUGAUAUCCCAAUCCUCAAAUGAAAUUAUGGAACCCGAAACCCACAUGGUCAUUAAUAAUAUUCUUGCAGCAGACUCAGAUGAGGGUCCUCUAUCAUCCAGCCCAAAAGCAGCAGUGCCAGAGUCGAAGGCAGCUGAAGAUGCACCAUUACUUGAAACACCCAAGAAAACAGGCAAAGUCAGAGCAAAAACCCCCAAAAAGUCAAGAAGCCGCAAAGGUAACAAGAAAGCGGAUUCUCCUGAAGAGGUACCACAACCGGAACCCUCCCCCGUCAAGUUACCGGAGUCAAUUCCAGAAGACCCAGAAACCAUUAAUUUAAAAGCAGUGACAGUUACAGCAACUGCAGCAACCUCUGUGGUCACGGCUGUUGCAACUUGUAGGCGUGACGCCACCAGUGCUAUAACUGUAGACACACCCAAAGAGGCAGAGCAGCCUGAGGUUGAACAACCUGUACCCAAAGAAUCUGCCUUUCAUUCAGGCACAACUAACAUAUCCAGUUGUAAAAAGCAUCCACCAGUAAUAGAGCCGUCCACCCCUACACUUGCCUCUGCUCCUGCCCGUUCACAUGCCGCAUCCCCAUUCGGUGUAUCUCUGCUGCGCCCCGCCAAAAUGCCACUUUCGCCUGACUGGCCUCAAAGACCAGAAGAAAGUAGAAUCUAUGUUGCUCCCUCAUGUCAUGUCACAGUAGUGACUCCUACUGUACCAGCAUCGACUGCUCUUGGAACUUCCUCUGCAAACCCUCCAAUGCCGCCCGACACGAAGGCCUCAGACAUAGACCCCAGUUCAAGCACCUUGAGAAAAAUUCUAAUGGAGCCUAAAUACGUGUCUGCGUCUAAGAGCAAUUCUAUACCAACAACCAUGGUGACGUCUGCCUUGUCAGAGCCUUCACGGAUGUCAGAGAAUGAAAAUCCCUGUCAUACGCUGAGCUCAAGACAUUUACAUCCCGAAGACAGACCAACAUUAACCCCGCAGCCUAUACAUCACAAACCAUCUCCCCUGACAGAGUCCCAGCAGAACUGUGGAGAAAAGACCCAGCACACGGUUAUUUCUCCUGCUACCUCAGUAAUAAGUCGCAUUCCAAUGCCUUAUGAUACAGAGGAAACUCCGCGGAUUUCCCUAAGCAACAGGAACAUUGGCCUGUCACUUCCCAAGCAGAAAUUUAAAUCGAAUUCUAAUGAGAAUAAUCGCUACCAUGGCAUUGAUAUGGUAGAAGAUGGAACCCGAGGGCGCUCGGUGGUUGAGACCACUUCUUAUAGUACAGGCUCCAGUCCAGGCUUGAGGGUCAACACAUCUGAAGGUGUUGUUGUCUUGAGUUAUUCUGGUCAGAAAACCGAAGGACCUCACAGGAUGAGAGCCAAGAUUAGUCAAAUUCCUCAAGCUAGUGCUGGUGAUAUAGAGUUUCAGCAAUCUGUUUCUAAAUCUCAGAUAAAGCAAGACCCACUCUCUUCAUCAUCCCAGUCCCCUAGCCCCAAAAUGGGUCCAGUUCCUGCAUCUUACGGGCACACAGGAGUUCUCUUGACUGGCCAGUCCUAUAACUCCCAACCUGUCAUUUCAAGCACCAAGGAGAGUCUGGGGUGUGACAAGUCAGAUGAACGCCCGUAUCACCCGACGGUAAAGAUGUUCCAACCACCGGUUAGUUCUCCACAGGUCUUGAUGUAUAAUACAGCUGUGAUCCAGCAGCAUGGCAAGAGAGAACCGCUGUCAAAGAAGAAGGACAUUGCCAAAGCUGUUCAGCAGUCUAACCUCAGCCCGGUCAUGAAUCCACACCACCCGUCACUGUCUGGAUCUCGAAUGACCCCCAGCCCUGGCAUCCAAACCGAUCGUUCAACUUUACACCUCAAACAAGAGCCCCAGUCUCCACGGACAGCUGUUCCCUCACCUUCAACCUUCACCAAAGCCUGUGCUUCAGGCAGUUCUCCUAUAGGGACCCCUGUUGUUCUGAGUCAGGGUAUGCCAUCAGUGUCUGCUUAUCAUUCUAGUAUGCAUCACUCGCACUCAGAACAGUCCUCCGUCAUAAUGCAAGCUCACAGUGUCACCCAGUCAGUCGCUCAUGAAUCCAGAAUAAACACUCCUCCUAUGUCGGGGAUUAACUACGUAAGGCGAGGUGACUCACACUCAUCAUCCCAUCCAGGGCCUCCACAGCGCUGCAACACCCCUCAGUCAAAUGUUAUUCGAGAUAUGGUACUGCAGAGUCAUUCAAGCCCCCAGUCUGUAUCAAGUGGUAGUGGGAGCAGCAUGACCGAUGAGGACCCCAGACACUUCAACCAAGCCCUUAGUAGACCACCAGGGCCCCAGCUUCAGUCAGAUGUAAUGAUGAUUCACAGUGAUCACCGAGUGCUCCAUCCAAGCUUGCGCAUGGACCAGUACAGAGACAUGCACCAGCGAAUCCUCUUGCACCAGCAAUUGGGAGAGCAGAGUGUUGUAGAAGCAAGACAGCCACGCACCGCAGAGCCUGGACCGUCCUCGAGCAGCAUCUCAAAGAGUCCCAUGGCAGGGAAGGCCAUCGAACUUUCCGGAAAGGAAUCUCUGAAACCACUAGAAACAAAGCUGAUCCAUCCACCGGCCGGUGAAAGUAGAAUCAGAGGUGUUCAUGCCUCCAGUCCCGUCAUGGUGUCUCCUCACCAUCAUGGGGUUCAGCUCAUGCAUCCAGGAGGUGCCAGCUCCUUUUCAGUGUACAGGGACGUGCGAGGCUUCACAUCACAGUUUCCAGGACAUUCUUCAUCAGGACACAGCAUCACAAACCAAGGCCUUACAUCUUCACAGGUCCCUGCUGAGCCUGACCUGAGUCGCAGAGGUAAACUGUCACAUGGAGGAGGAAGCGAUUGCAAACCUGAGAUGUCCCAUCUUCGCCAUGCUCCAUCUACGGAACACUCGCACAUUUCUCGAAUACCAGGCGAUACCAUCUCGCCCUUAUAUCAGUCUCCCAUGACGUCCCCGAUGAGUCUUACUCACAAGCCUGAUGUGUCACUUCAGAAGGGCCCUCCCUUCAUGUCAACACCUCCACCAGCGGUGCCCUCAUCGGGUUCACUGCAGCCACGACCCGAAGCCAAGCUGGAACAUUCAGGUCAUCGCUCCAUUGACAUGGUGCAGCUUUUGACGAAAUAUCCUAUUGUUUGGCAAGGUCUGCUGGCACUGAAGAACGACCAGGCUGCUGUCCAGCUGCACUUUGUUUCUGGGAACACCAUGCUGGCACAGCGCUCUUUGCCACCCCCAGAGGGAGGGCCACUCCUUCGGAUUGUCCAGAGGAUGAGGCUUGAGGCGUCCCAGUUGGACAGUGUGGCACGCAGAAUGACUGUGGAGAAUGACUACUGUUUACUAUUGGCUCUACCCUGUGGUCGUGACCAAGAGGAUGUGCUUGGUCAAACCCAAGCCUUGAAAAGUGGCUUCAUCACGUACCUGCAAGCCAAACAGGCAGCUGGCAUCAUCAACGUGCCCAACCCCGGCUCUAAUCAGCCAGCUUACGUGGUGCAGAUUUUCCCACCGUGUGAAUUCUCUGAGAACCACCUGUCACGGCUGGCCCCGGACCUUCUUAACAGCAUCUCCAGCAUUUCCCCUCACCUCAUGAUUGUCAUUGCCUCUGUUUAAUUACCUCCAUUUUCUCCCCCCUGAACAACGCCAACACCAGCCCUUUUGGACUCAUCCAGUUUUGUAAACUGGCAUUGCCUCAUAUUUUGAUGAGUUUGACUUUAUAAAAACUCUAAUUUAGCACGCACUCACCUUUUCUCCUUCACUUCACCGAGUCCUUAAGUCACCCAAUGACGUUGAAUUCCAAAAACGAUACCUUUACAGAGAGGAUGCAGAAGGUCGAACUUGGAUUUUUUUUAAGGAAUCAUUUCUGAUUAUGAAUUUCCUUUUUUGCUAUUGUUUUUGGAGGUGUUGUUGAAGCCUUUUCUAAUUCAUAGUAUUCAAAAAGCUAUGGAUUGAGACCUUCCUAUGGGAUAUUUUUUACCUUCAUAAAAGUGAUUGUUUUUUUUGUUUUUUAAGAAAAUGACAUGAGACGUCAUUGCACUAUGUUAAGGAUAAUUGUGGACUCUGUACAGAUUUGAUUAUAAUAUCAUACAUGUUAUAGAAUUAUUCUCAUGAUCAGCCAUGUUUGUGCACGAUAAAAGAAAAAUCAUUGCCCAGAUACUGAUCAAGAGUCACUUCGGUCUGAUCAGCCUGCUUUUGUUCCUUCGCCAUCAGCUAACUUCUAUUUCAUUUCUGGACUCAACUCCUCCCCAAGUGUUCCCUGCCCCAGGAACUCGUGAAGGGACCUUUAGAGUUGUACAGUUUACACUUAAUGCCUCAACAGGGGACUUUAUAAAGAAUAUUUAAUUUGUUUAUUUUUGUUUGCGUCUUCUUUAAACCUAAGGGUAUUGUGGACAAUUGUGAAACUGUAAAUACUAUAAAUAUUUAAAGACUGAAGCAAUGUGGAGACCAAGUGAAUUAUUUUACAAGACAGAUCAUCAGAUGUUCUUUUCUUUUCAUUCAUUCAUUCAUUAUUUCUUUCUUUCUUUCGGUGGGGGCAUGAAGGGGUUUGGAGGAUUGUAAAGGAUCCUGGAGUGGUAUUAACAAAAAGACAUUUUCUGUGCCAAAUGCUCAACAAACUCUGUAUCUAAAACAGAAUUUGAUCAAGACCUAUUUUCAUAUGUGACUUUGUAUCUUGCCAGUCACCAAGCAGAAUGAAUUUUUUUUGUAUUGUUCAUCAAUCCAAAUCUGUUACUACAGUGCUUUAACAUUUUGAAUCUGUAUCCUCGUUUUGAAGGGAUCUUUUUAUUGUAUUGUAGGGGUAGCAUUUUUUUGUUUGUAUUUACCUGAUGUGGUCCUCUACUGCCCCCUGCUGUCUGAACAUCGUUUUCCACAUUAAGAACUGCAUCCUGAGGUCGUUGAAGCCAUGACUUCAUGUCUGAUGCGUUGAAGCAUGCGUUAUUUUCUAACCCUAAAGGGUAAAGUAAAUCAUUGAUGAAAAGAAUGUGACUUGAACUUGACAUCAUGCCGCUAAUGGAUGUGUUGAUCAUCUGUCUCCAUCCCUUCCUUUAUCCGUCUCUUUGAGCCAAGCUGUAAAUACUUAUGUCCUUAAUCUGUGCUUGUGUAUUCUUCCCCCUUUAUAAUUGUCUUUCUUCAGGGUCCUUAUUUUGCUUUGUGCAACAAAACAAAGCAGUCUGAACGAGACAGGAGAUGAGGCGUUUGAAACCGAUGCUGAAAGUAAAACCAUGCUUGUCAGUUUUGUGGUGUAAAUAUUUCUCUGACUGCAAGCUGAAUACUCUCAUGGUUAUGUUGAAGGCACUUAUAAUUUUUGAUAAACAAGAAGAAAAAAAACGAUGAUUAAUAUGAAAACUGUCUUUUGAUCAAUCUUCAUCUUGAGUGUAUUUUGCUGUUCCUCCAUGAGGACAUUUUAAAAUGUAAAAUAAAUGGUUGUUUAACUUA